AUGGCUGAGGCUUCCACACCGUCCUGCCGGUUCUUCUGCCACCGGUGUUCCACGGAGAUAAGCCCGCGUUUACCGGACUUUACCUGUCCACUUUGCGACUCUGGAUUCAUUGAGGAGUUGCCAGAUGAACCAAGAAAUGAAAAUAGCACCCCAUCGACAUCCUCCACAAAUGAUCAGACCCCCUUUCAGCCAACUAUGAAUCACCAGCAUAUGUUCACCUUUCCUUCCGGGUACAGUCCGUUCACUCUGGGAGUAUUCAAUGAAAACUUUGAACUCAGAACUUGGCUGCCCACAGAGGAUAACAGGGAGACCGAAAUUCAACGGGAACAAGACACGGCGUCGGAGCAAGGAGACGGUACGCGGCAACCGCGGGGUCGACACGCGGCUCAACGACAGGGCACGCGUCCUGAAGGAGUUCCCACGUUAGAGGGAAUUAUCCAACAGCUAGUUAAUGGGAUCAUAGCACCCACGGGUAUGCCAAAUAUUGGAAUUGGACCAUGGGGUGUGCUUCAUUCCAACCCAAUGGAUUAUGCGUGGGGAGCCAAUGGACUGGAUGCCAUCAUAACACAGCUACUCAACCAGUUUGAAAACACGGGUCCUCCUCCAGCAGACGGAGAAAGGAUAAAGAGUUUGCCUACUGUCUCCAUCACAGAAGAACACGUGGGCGCUGGUUUAGAGUGCCCUGUUUGCAAAGAGGACUACAGCGUGGAGGAGAGCGUCAGGCAGCUCCCGUGCAAUCAUAUGUUCCACAAUGAUUGUAUAGUCCCUUGGCUUGAACAGCAUGACACGUGCCCCGUGUGUAGGAAGAGUCUUAACGGCCAGAACACAGCCACAAACCCACCGGGUUUCUCAGGAAUGAACUUCUCUCCCGCUUCAUCGUCCUCUUCUUCUUCCAACUCGCUUAGCAAUGAGAACGCUUCGAGCAACUCGUAG